GCUGCCCCAUCUCUGAGCACUGCCAUGAACCACUUCCAGAGCAUCCUGAGUCGGGUCCAGAUGCUGCUGUCCAGCCAUCAGCCGAGCCAGGUGCAGGCCUUCCUGGACCACCUGCUGGCGGAGCAGCUCCUGUCCAAGGAGUACCACUGCACCCUGCUUCAAGAGCCGGAUGGGGAGGCUCUGGCCAGGAAGAUCUCCUUGACCCUGCUGGAGAAAGGAGACCCAGAUUUGGCCUUCUUGGGCUGGCCCUGGAGUGAGCUUCAGGCCCCAGAGUUUGAGAUGGACCUGGACUGCGGCGACCACAAUGUGCUGGUUCCUGUUAUUUGA